AUGCCUGAUGCAGUGAAUCCAGCACAACCCACUAGCACAGAACUAACUGCUAUUAAAGAAUGGGCAAAGGAGGACACCCAGGCCAAAGCCAUAAUCAGCAGAUGCUGCUCUCCAAUCGUCCAGAACAUGCUUGGCGAAGAGCUAACAGCUUGUCAGCAAUGGAAUGCAUUAGAAAAACUCUUCGGACGGCUCGAUGUUACCUCUCAAUUUGAACUAUGUGACCAACUCUUCUCAGAGCGACUCAAGGACACUGAAGAUGCAUUGCAAUAUCUCAGCAUCUUCAAAAACGGGUGCAGUGUGGAUGCUCCUUCAUGGACUCCCUGA